AUGUGGAUUGCUGCCACGAGAUUGGGCUACUGCCUGUAUGCCGAUCCCUAUCAAGGGCGGUCCGAACGUACAGAAACAGGAUUAGGACGUCAUGUUAUCAAUAAACUGAUAACUAAAGUACAGGAGGAAUUUCCUAAUACAGAUUUCUCUGUGUAUUGCGACAAUUUUUUUACGGGUCUGCCAUUGGCCAGUGAUCUCAAAGAGAAACAUGUGUUUUUGACGGGUACAGUGCUUUGUAACCGUAUUGAAAACUGCCCACUGAAAGACGCAAAAGAAUGCCAAAAAGAAAGAAGAGGGUACUAUGACUAUCAAUUGGACGAAACAAACGGCAUAUGUGUUGUUAGAUGGCACGAUAAUAGCGUUGUGACUCUCUUAUCGACUGAACACGGAGUACAACCCAUCCAAACGGCAAGAAGAUAUUCAGCUGCGCUAAAAUCAAGGAUAGAUGUACCAUAA